AUGGCAACUGGCUCCAUGGUGCUUGGACUGGUGGUGGCUCCCAUGGGAUGGGUCUUGCUGCUGGCAGCCACGGUGACCCCGCAGUGGACAGAAUUCUCCAGGCGGCCCGGCUUCCCGUGGGACGUUUCCUUCAGCGACGGUCUGUGGGAAAGCUGCGUGGAGGUGAUCAGCGUGCCGGGCAGGGUGUGCCAAGCCAUCCCCCAGGAGACUGCCAUCUCCUGGCCCAUGCAGAUGCUGAGAGCACUCACUGUCAUCUCAGUGCUUACAGGGGUCCUGAGCUACUCUCUAGCCCAUGUGGGGGUACGCUGGUGGACAGACCAGCCCAACCCCCAGCUUACGGGAACUGCUGGACUCCUGCUGGUUCUCUCUGGAGCCAUGUAUCUAUGUGCCACAUCCUACAUGGCUUACAAAGUCCUAGAGAACAUGGCCAACCCCCAGACUCCUGCGGGGGACAAGUUCCGGCUUGGGACCUGUCUCUACCUUGGCUGGAGCGGCGGAGUAGCCGAGAUCUUGGCUGGGAUCUGCCUGGCCGUCAGUUUCCAAAGGAAGCAGGAAAGCAGCCCAGGGAAUGUGGCUGCUCCGUAUGAGGUGGAUUACUGA